AUGGGUCGCUCUCAGGAGCUCAGUGAAUUCAAACGUGGUACUGUGAUAGGUUGCCACCUGUGCAAUAAGUCCAUCCGUGAAAUUUCCUUGCUACUAAAUAUUCCACGGUCAGCUGUUAGUGAUGAUAUAACAAAGUGGAAGCAACUGGGAACAACAGAAACUCAACCAUGAAGUGAUAGGUCACGUAAAAUGACAUACUGAAGCACACAGUGUGCAGAAGUCGCCAACUGUCAAUGUCUGAAGGGAACUUUUAAGAUGUCAGCAUACCAAGACAUUUUAGACAAUUUCAUGCUCCCAACUUUGUUUAAACUUUUUUGGGGAUGGCCCCUUC